CCUCUGACUGUUUUGGACUUUUGGACUUGCCGUAGCGGUAGCUGAUUGGCUAGCUUUCUGUUGACAUCCAAUCAUACCACGGUUUAUACUGCUGCAUAUCCUCUGUGAGGAAUCGGACGAUGGGCUGUCCAGCUGCUCACACAGUGAAUAAACACAAACUUUAGGAGCUUCCCCCCAUUUUUUCUCUCUUUUAUCUCCAAAUUCACUCAGACAUGGAGAAAGUUGUUAUCGUAACCGGAGCUAACAGUGGAAUCGGACUGGCCCUGUGUGAGCGGCUGCUCACAGAAGACAGCCACGUCCGACUCUGUCUGGCCUGCAGAAACUUGGAGCGGGCGGGGGCCGCCCGCGCCGCCCUGCUGGCGUCUCACAGCACCGCCUGUGUAGAGCUACUGAAGCUGGACGUUGGCUCAAUGCAGUCGGUGCUCAGCGCUGCAGAGGAGAUCAAGUCCAGGUACAACCGUAUCGAUUUUAUGUAUCUAAAUGCAGGAAUUAUGCCUAACCCAGCAGUGGACAUCAGAGCAUUUUUCAAAGGUCUCUUCUCCAGGAAUGUCAUCAACAUGUUUGCGACAGCAGAAGGUCUCCUAACUCAGCAGGACCGACUCAACUCAGAUGGCCUUCAGGAAGUGUUCGCCACUAACCUGUUUGGUCAUUUUCUGCUGAUCAGGGAGCUGGAGCCUCUGCUGUGUCAGCCGGGUCACACCUCCAGGUUGGUGUGGACGUCCUCCAGUAACGCCCGGCGCUCGGCUUUCAGCAUCGAGGACAUCCAGCACAGACGAGGGAAGGAGCCCUACAGCUCCUCCAAAUAUGCUUCAGAUAUGCUCAGUUUGGCGCUCAACAAGCACAAGAACCAGCAGGGCCUGUUCUCCUCUGUGAUCUGUCCAGGCCUGGUGAUGACGAACUUGACCUACGGGAUCCUUCCCUCCUUCUUCUGGACUCUCAUCAUGCCCAUCAUGUGGCUGAUUCGUAUUUUCACCAAUACCUUCACGCUGACGCCGUAUAAUGGAGCUGAGGCUCUGCACUGGCUGUUCCUUCAACAGCCCGAGUCUCUGGAUCCAAGAGCAAAGUAUCACAGCCUGACAUCCGGACUAGGGAAAAACUACACUGAACCCCGCAGGAUGGACCUUGACGAUGAAAUGACAGAGGUCUUCUAUUCAAAGCUUGUUGAGCUGGAGAAAGCAGUCAGAAGACAGCAGAGGGAGAGAACAGCCGACAGCAAACAUUAUCAGCAGUAUCUCAAUGAGAUACAGUAGUUUUUCCUCUGUGGAAAUGUUAAUGUAACGACUGCUUUUAGCUCUCUUUGCCAGAUCAAACAGGAAAAGAUUUUAUAUUUUCUGUAGAUUGAACUUCCUUCAACUCAUCAAGAUGUGCAGAAAUAAAUUCAUAUUUUUUUCUCAAAGUUCCGCUUAUUUCACUUGGAGAUAUAUUGAAAAACAUGUUAGAAGAAAAAACAACAGCAUACAUUUAAGAUUAACAAAGCUUUUAUGAAAAAUUUUUAUAGUCACUGAAUCACAAUAAUGGAGGAUAACCAAAGGAACCUCUUUCAUGCAUCAUAACAAGUGGAGUGAGGAAAAAUCUGCAGAGAUUUUAGUUUCAGCUUUUUACCAACAGUCUCCAUAUCAAAAAUGUUAUUUUUCAAAAGUCCUGGGGGCCUUUUCAUAACAGCCGGUGUUAUAAAAUCUUCUGAAAUAAAGCCUUGUUAAAAAACAGUUCCAGUAAACUGAAUUUAGUUCAGCUUUCAGUAUUUUUCAUUUUUGGGUGGUGAUUUGAUCCCAACUGAAGCCCAAAUCCACAGAAAUGGUUCAGCAAACUCAGAAUCGGGCAUCUAGGAAAAGUCUGUGGGAAAAACUACUAAAAGAUAGAACUCCUGUGGAUGAUUCAGCUCAACGUUCAGAGGUCCUUCAUGUAAAACGUUUAUAGAAGUGUUUUCCAAUUUCCAGCAGAGGGGGAGUAAUAACCACGGGUCAUUUUAUUUAAAAAACUAUUUCUUAUGGUUUAAUAUUUCUACGCCUUUUUAAAUUUGGUAAAUAAGGUGGCAAAGGCAUUUUUUAAAGUCAAAAUAAUUGGUGAAAAUGAAAAUUACAAGGUAACAUCAGGUAAAGUGACAGUGAUGUUUUUAUUUAAAACAAGCAAGCACUUAGUUUAAAGGAAUAGUACACCCAAAACAUGAUUAGCCUUCAUUUUCUACUCACCCCCAUGCUGAAC